UUUUGUGACAGCUUGUUUGAAUAUUCAGAUUGAAAACUAGCAUUUGCUGUUUUACUUAAAAUUCUGGGGGGGAAAAAAACUGUUUUAAGGUGAUUUUGUAUCCAAGAUUUGUUGAGUAAGUGCUGUAAUUGUACGUUAAAUAGCAUAGCAAUGUUGGAAAGCAUUUUACAUCCUAUACAUCUAAAAGAGUUAGCAAAGCAGUGGAUGCUGGAAGACGUUACAAAUUAUGAUUUUGGAGGAGGUGUUGUUGGAGACACUGAGUGUGAAUUCACUAUUUUUAUGAAAAGUCCUGGAGUUCUUGCUGGUAUUCCGUUUGCGAAUGCAGUAUUUUCUGAGCUUGGCUUGAAGGCAAACUGGAUUCACAAAGAAGGAGAGAAAAUUUUCCCAAUCACACCGGUUGUUAAAAUAUUCGGUUCUGCUAGAAAACUUUUGUUGGCAGAACGUAUAGUGUUAAAUGUUUUGAGCCGGGCUAGUGGUGUUGCUACUAUUGCUUCGAAUAUGAAGUCUCAGUUGGAAAGUGUAGGAUGGAAAGGUGCACUAGCUGGCACACGUAAAACUACGCCUGGCUUUAGAAUGGUUGAAAAAUAUGCUUUGCUAGUUGGCGGAGCAGACACGCAUCGUUAUGAUUUGUCCAGCAUGGUUAUGUUGAAAGACAAUCACGUGACAAUUUCUGGAUCAAUAGAAACGGCUGUUAAAAAAGCACGAGAAUUUUGUGGUUUUUCUCAGAAAAUAGAAGUUGAAUGCCAAUCUUUAGAUGAAGCAACAGAAGCUUGUCACGCGAAUUGUGAUGUUGUUAUGCUUGACAACUUUGAACCAGAAGAGCUAAAAAGAACUGCUUUAGCUGUAAAACAUCAGUACCCUAAGGUUUUAAUUGAAGCCAGUGGCGGUAUUACAUGUCAAAACAUUACAAAUUAUACUUGUCCAUAUGUUGAUAUCAUCUCAAGUAGCUCUUUAGUGCAAGGCUAUGAAACAGUAGAUUUUUCCAUGAAAGCAAGCCAAAGUAUGAAAGCUACUAAAUUGACUUUACACCAAGUUGAAUGAUUUUUUCAUCUGUGUUUAUUCCAUUUUUAAAGGUCCUUCACAAAGACACAAUGUGACAAAGUUUUAUUUUGAAAUUAAUUUAUAUGUCAUUAUAAAAGUUGUA